AUGGAUUCAGAAACGACGGAAGAUAUAACCGUAUUACAAAUCGCAGCAGAUUGUGUGCAAAGUUCAACUUGCCGGACAAAGAACAUUGAUAAAAAAAAUUUAGAAAGCUUUCAACUUGUUUGGGUUGAUGCCAAUAUCAAUAAUACAGACGAUAAUAUACAAACAAUAUCUCUACUACGUGGUAUUAUAAAUUAUCUGAACACAUUUGACAACGUAAUUGACUGUUAUGACUACAUAGCCGAAGUUCAAGAUGAAAAAGUAUUCUUAAUUGUAUCAGGUGGAAUUAGUCAGCAAAUAAUACCUUAUAUUUACCAAAUGCCACAAAUUCAAUAUGUUUAUCUAUACUGUUUUGACGUUGACAAACAUAAACAUUGGGCAAUAGAGUAUGAAAUAGUGCGUGGCGUUUAUACUAAUAUGAACGAUAUUUGCCAGCAAUUGAGCACAGACGUUAUUAUAAGUUCCCAUCAAUUUCUAUCAAUGACUAUUAUUUCCGCGCACAUAAAGGAAAAAGAUAUAAAUAAACAAGAAGCUUCAUUUAUGUACUUUGAAUUAUUAACUGAAAUUCUGAUUGGAAUGCAACCAGCAGAUGAUGCAAAAACAAAUAUGGUUAACUACUGUCGAUUGCAGUAUGAUGGUAAUGAAAUCGAUUUGAAGCAUAUCGAUGAAUUUAGUAGAACUUAUACUCCAAAUAAAGCCAUAUGGUGA